CUCUCCUUUCCAAUUUUGAAUUCAAAUUCCCCACCCCUGCCGCCUUCCUUCUCCUCCUUCUGCAUCUACCUUCCCAUCAAGUUUUAAUACCAGUGUUCUUCUCGUUCCUCCUCUUCCAAACUUCCUCCCCAAAAUCCUAAUUGUCAGUAUCGUACCACCACGUCAUCCCAUGACUGGUGUCGUCCCGCCGCCAGGAUCCGGCCUUGAUUUCUCUAACCCACCUUACGAUGGGAUCUCUAAUUUGCGUUUCUUCAACCACAGUGACCACCUCCUCGUCUCCUCCUUGGACAAGAGCGUGAGGCUGUACGAUGUGAGUGCCAAUGUCUUGCGAGGAGAGUUCUUCCACGGUGGAGUCGUGCUUGAUUGUUGCAUCCACGAUGACUCCUCUGGUUUAGUGCUGGUGCCCACAAUCUAGUUCGUAGGCAAGUUUCUGAUUUUCUUAUUGUAAAAUAUCAAUAAUACGAGAGAAACAGUAGGAUUUAAUGUGGUAUACUCGAU